AGCGCUCCUAGCGCUCGCGGCGUCCUCUUCCUAUCUGGAGGCUGCUGAAACCGAAAGUGCCGUGCUACAGAGCCAAGAGUGAUUCACCUUCACAUGUGCGGAGUCCUAGCUGACCCAGGUGGGAAGCCUGGAGAGCACUAAAACAUGAACGGAAGAGUGGAUUAUUUGAUCACUGAGGAAGAGAUCAGUCUUACCAGAGGACCCUCAGGGCUGGGCUUCAACAUCGUCGGUGGGACAGAUCAGCAGUAUGUCUCCAAUGACAAUGGCAUCUACGUCAGCCGUAUCAAAGAGAAUGGGGCUGCGGCCUUGGAUGGGCGGCUCCAGGAGGGUGAUAAGAUCCUCUCGGUGAAUGGUAGAGACCUAAAGAAUCUGCUGCACCGUGAUGCUGUAGGCCUCUUUCGUAAUGCAGGCUAUGCCGUGUCUCUGCGAGUGCAGCACAGGUUACAGGUGCAGAACGGGCCUGUAGGACACCAAGGUGAAGGGGAACCAAGUGGCAUUCCCAUAGCCAUGGUGCUGGUGCCAGCAUUUGCCCUCACCGUGGUCGCAGCCUGGACCUUCAUGAGAUAUCGGCAACAACUUUGAUAAGCUUGCUUCCUCCAGCGCCCCCUGAUGAAGAUACAUUGCUCUCUUUCACACUCCUCCCCUGCUAUCUUUCCCUCUCUCUGCAUAGCCAACAGAUGAUUUAAAGUGACUGAUACAAACCCAGAACCUUGCUGUUCAAAAUCCACUCCCAACUCUCAUAUUCUAGCAGGAGAGUAAAGGUAUUAUUUGAAGGAAAGCUAAAGAAAAGACUUGCUUAGAACAAGUGAGGAGUUUUAUAUAUAUUACUAGGUCCAUCAGUGGAAGUUCAGCUACCACCCCAACAGGGAAAGGUCCAGUCUUCCUAUCACCAUAGGUGAUAUCUUUUUCCUUAGCUGGCAUGCCUCAAAGCCUAGCUGUAUGAGAUUUGAGAAGAGAGGAUUUUUCUUCUUAGUGAUCUUCUUUGGCAAGUUUUUGUGGCCUUUAUUUAAUUUCUUUCUAACCCCACAGCUGGGUGCCUAUACUGAACAAAGAACAAUGAGGGGAACAUUUUUACUUUUUUUUUAAAAUACAUAUAUACAUAUACAUACACAUAUAUGAUAGUUUAAUAGUGGUGCUUUAUGUAGAGUUAGAGAUGAGACAACUACUCUGGUUUCUAGGUUUCUACCUAAGGGAUGAUCUUAAUUGAAGAGUUUGAAGAGACAUUUUAGAGCAUAUGUAAUGGGAGUGAACCUUUAAAGACAAUGCCCAAUUUGAGUCAUUAAAAAAAAAAAAAAAAAA